AUGUCGGAUAUCGAAUAUCUUCCGUCUGAUGCAAAUACUUUAGCUCAACGACUUCAAAGUGCUGAAAAGUCGAUCGCAUUUAUUCAGCGUGAACAUGCAUCAACAUUGGCUAAUCUUCAUGAAGAAAUUGCCAAAUGGCAACAAAAAUGCAGCGAUCUUACUUUUCAAUUAGUAAUAGGUGGUGGUACUGUAAAUUCUACAGAUGAUAGUCAACUUCGAUCAACAAUUGAACAACUAGAAAAUGAAAUCCGUCAAUGUAAACAAACAAUCAAUGAUUUAAAUAAAAUUUUAGAGGAAAAAGAAAAAUCUAUUAAUGAUUAUGAAAAUCGUCUGAUUGUAAGUGAACGAAAACAUAUGCUAGAAUUACGUUUAGAAAAUGACAAACAACGACAAUUAAAAAUUGAACUUGAACAACGUUCAACAUUAAUUGCACAACUUACUAAUCAAUUACAUCGUGAAAAACAACUUCAACAACAAUUACAAAAUCGUGCUCGUCUUGGACAAAUUAUUUUACCUAAUAAACCAACAAAAUUUCAAAGUACUAGUGAAGUACAAGAAAAACAACAUCCAUUGUCAGCUAAACACUUAUCAAAUCGUUCAUCGUCUCUCCAUAAUCGAGCUAGUCCUGAUCAAGAUUUAAUGAAAGGUUUAUUUGUUAAACGACGACCACCAACACCACCACAGCAAUUAAGACAGCUGUCAUCAAACAGACCACGGUCAUCAAACAGACCACUGUCAUCAAACAGACCACUGUCAUCAAGCAGUGUUGAAUCGAAUGAUGACCAAUCAUAUACUAAACGGCAACGUCAAUUGCUUAAUAGUCAUGCAGAAAAUGUUGAUUCAAACAAAGUGACAUCAAUUCGACCUUCAAUAAAACUAUCAACUGUUCUACCACCAAUUGUUAGUCGAAAAAUACCACUUAAAGCAUUACCUACAACAACAAUUCAACAAGGAGGUGAAGCUUAA